CGCUCACCUGGAAGAGGCGCUGAAAUCCAUAGAAGCCGCAGGACAACGCUAUAAAUAUCCAGAAGACCGCAUUGAUCAGUCGCAUUUUGUCGCAAAAUGAAUGAAUCUUCAGUUUCACGCAUUGUCGACUACCCAGAUGAGCCCACCGCACUUCUCCAACAGCUCCUGGAUGCAGUCAGAAAUCAUCAACCAGAGUCACAAAUAUACAUGAAUUUGGCCACCAUCGAUGAUGAAUUUACGGUACUCAACCGUACAGUGCUGUACCGUGGAAUCAGCGUUGACAAAUGCGUUAUCUACGCAACGCAACGUUUUACACGAAACUAUAAGAACAUUAAGGCCAAUGCCAAAUGCGCCGUUACAAUCUUAAUGCCGGUGGUAUCGUUGCCAUCGCAAGGAUCCACGCCCUUUCUAUGGCAGGUUCGCCUCUUAGGCGCCACCGCUGUGGAGCUGCCUGAGUCCGAGCUGGACGCCUGGUGGAACAGAGAGUCGCUAUCGGCUAAAAUACGUGACACUAUCUUUCCCUGUGGCCAGCCAGUCGACUAUGAUGAGCUCAAGGCCAAGCACGAUCAGUUCCUCAAAGAGUAUCGAGCGAGCGGAAAACCGCUGCAGCGGCCGCCCACAUUCACCGCCUUCAAGUUUGAGGUUCAGCGCUAUGAUUUUCUUAAAGUGGGCCUGAACCAGAUCGCGGAUCGGGUACAAUAUCGCCGACAAGAGUGUGGCCACUGGCAGGCAAUGCAUGUGGCGACCUGAACCGGAAUGAACACUUCCAACUGAAUUUUACUCAUUUUUAUUUUAUUCAACUAGCGUUUGCAAAAGCAAAACAAUUGUUCUCAACAAAUACAAACAAAAAUUAUAAUUA